AUGGCCUACGAUGAUGCAACCUCGCCUUCAGGCCGUGACCGACGGCUAGUCCUGCAGCGCAGGAUGCAGAGGGCGAUGACACAGCUUUCGCCACAAGUCAAAGGCAUCCAGCGCCACUACGGCGGAGACUUCGCCUUUGUUGGCGCAGCGUACGUCCUACGAGUACACAAAGGAGCUGGUCCACUGCAGUGGCUGAACACCCUGACGCAAAGGCUUUUUGAUUUGGACAGCUUGGUCCUCACAGCAGACGGUGGCUUCAGAAGGCCCGGAGAGGAUCAGCCACUCUUUCCUCUGGGCAACUUCACUUUGAAGUGGCGCUGGGAUCCAUCAGCUUCCAAGCUCAUCAUUGACUUCUGGAAAGACAUGAAGUUGCUCGAGUGGCGUUGGGACGAGCUGGUUCCCAGCAAGGAUCUGCGGUUCCCCAGCCUCGUUGCCGACUGGUCUGGAACAGGGCAUGUUGGAAGCAGCUCCUUCAGCUACUCCAUGCUCAGCCUUGUGGCCGAGAACUUUCAGCAAGCUGAACAGGCAGGGAAGUCAGGGAAGCAUGCUCAGGGCCUGGACUCCGGCGAAGGUUUCUUGCAGCACACAGAGGCCGGUCCCAAUCGCGAGCAUCCUGCCUUGUACAGGCGACAUGGUACAGUUUACAGUUUGCAUGGCGUUUUCCAAGAGCGCAGGGUCAGAGUACUACUUUCGAACGGAAGUGGCAAUCUCCAUGACUCGAACAAGUGUUGA